AUGGCUAUGUCUCAGGUGGUGAACACGUACCCGCUUUCGAACUACAGUUUCGGAACGAAAGAGCCGAAGCUGGAAAAGGACACCUCCGUCGCCGACCGACUCGCUCGUAUGAAAGUCAACUACAUGAAAGAGGGCAUGAGGACAAGCGUUGAAGGGAUUCUGCUGGUACAAGAACACAACCACCCUCAUAUACUUCUCCUGCAAAUUGGGAACACAUUCUGCAAACUUCCAGGUGGACGCCUGAAGCCUGGAGAAAAUGAAGUUGAAGGCCUGAAAAGAAAGUUGACCAGUAAGCUUGGAGGCAAUUCAGCUGCUCUUGUUCCUGACUGGAAGGUAGGAGAGUGUGUUGCAACAUGGUGGCGUCCAAACUUUGAAACCAUGAUGUACCCGUAUUGCCCUCCUCACAUCACCAAACCAAAGGAAUGCAAGAGGCUCUAUGUGGUUCACUUGUCUGAGAAAGAGUACUUUGCUGUGCCCAAAAACCUGAAACUCUUGGCCGUCCCUUUGUUUGAACUCUAUGACAAUGUUCAGAGAUAUGGACCGGUUAUAUCAACCAUUCCUCAACAGCUAUCCAGAUUCCAUUUCAACAUGAUUAGUUCGUGA